AGCUCUACAGUUCGUGGUGUAGCUAAACUAAGGAUAAGUUGUUAUACAGUGCGUAGGUCCGUUUUCCUUGGAGAGAAAAACAAAAAGUAAAUUUCCUGAUAAAACAAGAACACCUUGAUGACAAGUAGACGUUUGACAGACGAAAGUUUAUUUUCCUUGUUAAGACCUCUUUUGAUCCCGCAAAGACAAAAACAUUAGAUAGGUUGAUUAACACGUUGAAAGGAAUAUUGGAUGUGCCGUAGGCAGCAAAGAAUAGGAUUAAGAGUGGAAUUAGAAGAGGGUUAAUUGCUCUCUGAAAUUCUGCUUAGGAAUACACUCGUCAAAGAGCGGAGAGGAGCGAUGUGAGAGAAUCUUUAAACCAAGAGCGACAGGGAACUCAUACGACACAGAUAACAGAUACUUUCCUGAAGAUCACAAGUGUGGGAAGUGUUGGGUAAGAAGAGAAAAGAUAGAUCAGACUAAAAAACAACAAAGACUUUUCUCGUAUUGAGAAUCGCAAAAAAAUCCGCCAAACAGAAGGGCGAAUGAUACUCCUUUAGUGGCAACAGAACGAGUGUUUACCAGAACAAAAAAAGAACCGAGCUACAGAGAGAAUUCACGCUGAAGAGUCGGAGGAACACAAAGAAAUCCAUCCAGCAACGAGCAGUAUUUCCUUGGAAUAGAAUUUAAGAGAUCAAAGAAAACCGAAUUCGAGAGCCUUACACAAAGUUGUGAGUCUCGCCCGCAAAACAACGAAAAUUUAUUGGAAUUAAGUGUCAUAAGUGAUUGCGAUAAUAGGUGAAAUGGCGUAGAGAGACGUCCACAUAGCGGAGGAAACGGACGCGUUGGGGUCGCUGGGUUUACGAAAAAAACGGGACAAAUAUUCCCUGCUGUUAAAAAAAAUUAGGCACAAUUACACGGCUCGAGAUUCGCUGUUAAAGUACAGAACAUGGAAAACGCAAGCGCUGCUUCAUUCACUAACUCAAGUAACUCGACGGAUUUUUCCCCACAGGAAGAAAUCUUUGAAUCAAUGACUCUAAAGGCAGUGCGCCUCGCUGGCUAUGCCGUCCUCUUCGUAUUCGGUGUUCUAGGAAAUCUCAUGGUGAUCCUUGCGGUGCGAAAGCCUCGAAUGAAGACAGUCACCAAUGUCCUUAUCGCUAACCUUGGCUUGGCUGAUAUCUUAGUCUCGUUGUUUAACAUCCCUACGGUGGUGACAUACGCACACCUAUGGCACUGGCCGUUCGGGUUGGUCCUUUGUAAGGUGUUGUCUUUUCUUCAAGGGUGGACCCUGUCCGCAUCAAUCCUCACCCUCCUAGCCAUCGCAAUCGAUCGCUACUGGCACAUCGUCCUGUUCAGGCGGCGUCAAAUGAAACUAAACGAAGCCUUCAAGGCCAUCAUUGUAAUAUGGCUCUCCUCUGUUAUUGUGCCCUCACCCUUGUUGAUAUUCUCGAAGACGAUAUCGUUCGGGGCGGGAGAGGAAAAGGUGGUGUUUUGCGAGGAGAUCUGGCCUGAUAUGACGUCCCGUCAAGUAUACACAAUGGUUGUUUUCCUUGUGCUCUAUCUGUGUCCGCUUGCCCUCAUCUCGUGGUUGUAUGUUUUGAUAGCUGUGUGGCUUAGAAGUAUGCCUGCAGUUCCAAGCUCUUUAACUGCCAAUAAACAUCAAGUACACAAACGCGUUAUCCGAAUGCUGGUGACAGUUGUGGCACUGUUCGCACUUUGCUGGCUUCCCUAUCACGUGGUUUUCAUCUACGUAGACUACGGGUCGCCUUCAAGAAGUGAUGUGCUCGUUUCUGCUAUCCUUUUCUCCCAGUGGCUUGUCUUCGCCUCAAGCGCCUGCAAUCCUUGCGUGUAUGCAGUUAUGAACGAGAACUACAGGCGCGAAUUUGGCACAAUGUUGUCGUUCUGCGCAGGUCGUAAAAGAAGCCGUCGAAGGUAUUCCAAUGACGUUACAAGCAGGCAAAGAACCGCUACGACAUCUAGUGUUAUGUUUGUGACGAGUCUUUAGACCUCAUUCUCAGUAGAAAAGACAACCGGGACAACUAGUGU